GAUGGCGCCCACACACGUACUGAGAUGCUGUCAACGGGGCUUAGCAUGGAUACCUGUGAUUUUUAUCGCGCUCGUCGUCUGCUGGUCGUACUACGCUUACGUGGUGGAGCUUUGUAUAUUCACCAUCCCCAGCAUAGGAGAGCAGAUUGUCUACCUGAUCUUCUUCCACCUCUCAUUCGUCAUGUUUGUGUGGUCUUACUGGAAGACCAUCUUCACCAAGCCUGCCAACCCUUCCAAAGAGUUUUGCCUCCCCAAGGCUGAAAAGGAACGCUAUGAGAAGGAGGAGAGGCCAGAGUCCCAGCAAGAGAUCCUGUGGAGAGUUGCCAGCAGCCUCCCUCUGUACACCCGCACAGGCGCUGGCGCGAUCCGCUACUGUGACCGCUGUCAAGUUAUCAAGCCAGACAGAUGUCAUCACUGCUCAGCAUGUGACAUGUGUGUGCUAAAGAUGGAUCAUCACUGUCCCUGGGUGAACAACUGUGUGGGAUUCUCCAACUACAAGUUUUUCAUCCUCUUCCUGGCCUACUCGCUGGUGUACUGUUUGUUCAUUGCAGCCACCGUCCUGCAGUAUUUCAUUAAAUUCUGGACACUUUGCCGCAGGAAAUCGGCAGAAAACUGCCCAAAGAAUGAGCUGACAGACACGCCUGCCAAAUUCCAUGUCUUGUUUCUUUUUUUUGUGGCCGCCAUGUUCUGCAUCAGUAUUUUGUCCCUCUUCAGCUACCACCUGUGGCUUGUAGGGAAGAACAGGUCGACAAUAGAGGCAUUCAGAGCACCAGUCUUUAGGACAGGCUCUGAUAAAAAUGGUUUCUCUCUGGGUUUCCGAAAGAAUAUUGCUCAGGUCUUUGGUGACCAGAAGAAGUACUGGCUGCUGCCCGUCUUCACAAGCCAGGGAGAUGGUCUGACGUUCCCCACCCGACUGGUCAACACUGACGUGGAGCAGGCCACAGUGACGCUGCAGUCAGAGCCCAGUAAAAGCGCUGCUGACAUCACCGUGAGUCCACUCAGCGAGUCUCAGAAUCGCCUCCUGAGCAACGAGCAGCAUGCUAAUAACAUCGGAGACCAUCUGGCAAAUGACACCCUCAAAUCAGCUGAAAGCGAAACCAUUACAAUCUCAAUGGAGAGCGAGUCCUAACCAGGAGAAGCACCUCAGUCAUCUACUACGAUGCCUUAAGCAAAGCUAGAGUUCAGUUUCUCAGCAGUCUGCCAGCAGAUGCCCAUUUAAAUCCAUUCACAGUAACUAUGGAAAUGCAGUCCAUUAUCACAGUCAUGUAUUCCGUGGCAUUAGCAUUUCCACAUGCAGUGUCAUGAACGCAUCUCACACCUCUCUUCAUAAGACAUGAGACAAGCUUGUUCGCAGUUACGCGCGCGCGCACACACACACACACACACACUAACAGUAUACUGUAUACAUAUUUCUGUUGCCUUUUUUUUUUUUUUUUUAACCUCUCACAAUUGAAGUAUUUAUUGACGAGGACCGCAUUAAAGUGAAUCAGUGCUACUGCUGAAAGCCUCCCAGGUCCACCAAGACUUGGAGAUACAAAGCUGCAGUGAAGAGAGCCUGGAACAGCUUUUUUUUGGUUUGUUUUUGGUUUUUUAGAGAGGCAGUACACGAUGUGGAGAUGCAUCGAUUUACCCUUGAGUCUCAUCUCAUUUUUUAACGAGUAUACGCGUAACAAUGAUCGACACCUCUUGAGAUGGAUGCUUCCCAACAAACCUGGACUAUCUUACAGAAGACUCUGCCACACGGUGAAUCCGUGCACAACAAGGAAAACUCUAACCAGGUUUUGGGUAGACUUUGUUUGUUUUUAAAUCCAUCAGAGCACAAGAUGGCGCAUUUGCACUUUGUAGAUUAUCCAUCAAAGAAAAAAGUGCUGCUUUUUUUUUCAUUUUUAUUUUAUUUAAAAAAAAAAAGUUUUAAAAAAAGGUGUUACGGAUGUUGGUCGAUCAUUUGAUUUUUUUUUUCCUUUUUUUAAUAUAAUGUAUUGUGUGUGUGUGUCCGUGUGAGAAAGAGAGAGAUUGUGUGUAACAGUUGAAGUGGCAGUAAGUUUUCUUCUUUCCUACUAACAGACUAAAAGAAUCAGCUUUAUAUGUGUUUUUUGUGGCCUGCUUGUGUCAAAGGAAAAAAAACAAAACUUGCUGCUUCAAAUGGACGGUUUAACUUUGGAGAUGAAGCUCGCUCACUAUCUGUUCUUUUAGAGGCUGAUCAAUGAUUCUUAGCCCGCAAUGUGCACAUCCUGUUUUUCUACAACUCAGUGCUUCAACCUUUACAAAGAACACCAACACUCUGCCAAAUAAGGGCUGGCCUGUCAGGAGCUCUGACCUCCGAACCUGAAGUGUUUACAGCAUAUUAGCUUUAUCCUAACCUCACUGGCCAAUCUCAUCAUAACCAAAUUGAAUUCAACAGUAGUCGUGGCGCAAUAUUUUGUACAUUUGUCGCUCCGACCUGUGGGUCAUGAUGUCCGUGCAAUACCAGUGCUGGCCAGCAGGUGGAGACAAGAGUCCUGUUUGUCCACUCAUUCAGCUAAAUGUCUUUUGUGUGUGUGUGUGUGUGUGUGUGUGUGUGUGUGUGUGUGUGUGUGUGUGUGUGUGUGUGUGUUUGUUUGUUUUUUUAUAUCACUACAUCACUUCCUCGGGGCUCACUUCACUUUCAGGUUAAAUCGCUUUCUUAAUAUCCUUUAAUAUGCAUUAAAUUCCUGUAAUAACUCAUCUGGAUUUAAUUUGAAAGUGAAUUGAACCCCUCUGAUAGAGCUACAGCCUCUGCUCACCUUGUUGCUGUAGACAUGUGUGGAUGUCUGUAUUUUGGAAUCAGCUCAUUUUUGUGAUCUUGAGCGUGAGCUUGUUUAAUUCCUGUGCCGUGUCAGUGUGUAACAUCUGGGAAUUUACUAACGGGGUGUGCGGAAAUCUCUAAGGAAAGUGUUUUUAAUACCCAGAAGACAGUGUUGCUCACAUUUGUCAGCAUGACCAAAUAACAAUUGUUCAGGAGUGAGUUCCUUUUCCAAGAAAUGUUAUUGUUUAAGUGCAGCAUUGUAAGACGAUGCAGCAAGUUCCUGAUGUCUGCCAUUCCUCACACCUCUGAUCGCAUCCCUGAGUGUUGCUGGAAAAGCCUCCUGCUGAAUAUAUCCAACCAGACACUGGUGGUGUACAAGUUUACAGCUGUUUCUAUCAUGUACAGCGUGUUAGUGUUAUCGUAACAUGUGCUGAAUGUAUCACAGACGGGACAGUAAAGGUAUGAGUGUUUUUAAAAAAAACAACAACAACAAAAAAACAGCCUGAUCUUUAGACUUCUUGUUUACUUCUUGAAUCCUCCAAUCAUCUUUGACCUUUUGAGCCCAAGUAUAUUUAUAAUAACUCUUUUUGCAGAGUAGUGAUUGGAGAAUAUUCGCUAUUGUAUCAUGACACUGUGGUUGAAUCAAAACAAACAAAAAAAGGUAGCAGGUUAAAUUAAUUUCUAAGAUCAUGAUCCAAGCCAAGGUUAUGUUCUGAUUAUAUUUAGAUCUUUUCUAAAAAUCGCACUCAAAAAUUUCAAGAAAUUAAACUUUAAAAAUAAGAAGUCAUUUUUGUAUCGUGUAUAAGGAGCUCGGCUAAUUCCACUCAUCAUUUACAGCCACUGAUUCUAAAAGUGUGGACUUGUCCUAUUGUUUUAAAAAUGCCUGUAUUCUCUCUGGGCUGUUUGUCCUUGAGACUAAAGUGCGCCUGUGUGGGUGUGUGUUUUGUAAUGCUUAAGUGAGUGUUCUUUUGUAAUAUUGUGCUCUCGGACAGAAGCUUCUGUGCAGCGAUGAGAUGAUUUUUUUUUUUUUAUGUCCCUGUGAACAUCAAUAACUGAUUAAUGCUCAAAAGCAUGGCGCCUAACUUCUGUAAAGAUGUUUUACCAUGAUAACGGGGUUUAUGGUGUUAUAAAAGUCGCUGUUUGUUUUGGUUUUUUUUUUUUUUUUUUUAACUAUAACUAGCUGUGUCAUUUCAACUCUAUAAAUAAAGCCAUAAAAACUCCUUUGACAAUGGAAGAAGGAUCUGAAAACCUCAGUCUAAUAUCAGCUUUUCUUUUUUCUUUUUUUCUUUUUUUUAGACUGACAACACGCUACAUCUGUGUUCACGGUGCAGUGCAGAUGUAGCCAUCAUAACUUGCUUUUUGCUACAUUCUGGAUUCUUUUUUGUUACAAUGUCCUAUUUUACAAUGUAUGUAUAUAUAUAUUGAUAAUGUAAGAAAACAGAAGACAGCAUAUAUUUUUCUUGUCUGAUUAAUUUUACUGUUCCUAUUUUGUGAAUGAAGUACAUGCCUCUACACAAUUAACGUGAAAAUAACAAUAAAUGUUUUUC